AGCCCUGGCCUGCCCUGCGGGGUUCUGUCCCCGAGCUCUGACCGGGCGGUAGUGGCAGGCUCCAGUCCCCCUCUGAGGCUCGAGUCAAGUCCGCGAAGAUCCCGGCGCCAUGUGGCGAUGGGCUCAGGCCGUGCUCCGAACCCCUGGGACCCGCCUCCAGCUCCGGAGGUCGGUGUGCACGUCGCCGGGUUUCUCCCAAAAGGCCGUGACCCUGAGCGUCACGCCCAGGACUGGUCUGGCUGAUGAGCUUCUGGAUAUUAAAGUGGAAGGCCUAGGCCCCAGGGAGCGGGUGACACUGAGGGCGUCGGCUGGUAGCUACCGAGGUCGUCUCUUCCACUCGCAGGCCCACUUCGAGUCGGACGGCCGUGGGAGGCUGGACCUGGCCCGGCAGCCGGCUCUGGGCGGCGACUUCACCGGCGUGGAGCCGAUGGGGCUCUUGUGGAGCCUCACGCCGGCCGGCUCGGAGGACCCCUGCCACAGCCAGAGGCCGAGGGGCGUGUUGAAAACUCCCCUCAAAGUGGAGGUGACCGUCCAUCCCACGCCGCAGCAGCCGGAGGUGCCGCUGGGACCGGCGCUGGCCUCGGCCCACGUGCAGCGCUGGUUCUCCAGCCCGCAGCUGUCCCGCACUCGGCUGCAAACCGGCAGCCUGCGGGGCGUCCUCCUGCUGCCCCCAGGAGAUGGUCCUUUUCCUGGUUUGAUUGAUAUGUUCGGUGAUGGAGGAUUGGAUGAAUCUCGAGCAAGUCUCCUGGCUUGUCGAGGUUUUGCUGCUCUGGCCUUGCCACUUUUUGGCUAUGAAGAUCUACCUCCAAUUAUGAAGGACUUAAAUUUAGAUUACUUUGAAGAGGCAGCUAAAUUUGUGCAAAGUCAUCCAAAGGGGAGUGGGAUGCUAGAGAGAAAUGUGCUUAAAAUAAAGUCAUUAACACUAGGAGAGAGUGAAUAUAGGAAGUGGUACUAAUGGGUCGGAAGG